AUGCAUAACGAGUUUUAAUCGCAUAAAGGCAAAAAAUAGUUUUAAAUUGAGUCAUUUUUGUCUGGAAGAAUAAUUUAAGCAAAAAAACUCAAUAAUAGUUUUCUAUUUUAUAACUCUAGAAUGAUCACGCUAUUAAAUAAUAGAAUGCUUGUUUAUUACAGUAGAUGUUUUAAAUGGUCUUCUACAUCGUUAGAAAAGAUCAAGUAAAAGCCAAAAUUUGGAGUAUAUUUUAAUAAUGUUUAUCAUUCAUGCAUAAAAUAAUCAGAAAAAGAAGUUGAACUGAUUGUUAAAUUUAAGAAGUCUUAACUUUAUUAUUUUGAAAAUUUGUCUGAUAGUUAUGUGAAAGAGCCAAGAUCUUAAGAGAUUGUGUUGUGGAUUUUCCAAAUAUCAAUUAGUAAUUUAGAAACAAAAGAAAAAUUUCAGUCAUUUAGAGAAUUCGAUAAUCAUUCAUUUUAUACAAUCAAAGGAGCUAAUUAGGAUGAAAAAACUUAGAAAAGCAUAUCAUAGCAGGUUAGAACUGAAAAAACUACAAUUGAUAAAAAAACUAUAUAGAAAGAUUGUUAAAAUAUAAAAUAAGUUUAAUGGUUGGAUUUAUAAAUUGAGAAUUUAAUUCAUCACAAUAAUUAAUUGCAGAAUAAUGGCUUAAAUAGCGAAUAAAUAAGUUAAGACGAUUAAUGGGAAAUAAACGAAGAGAACUUCGAUUUAAUGAAUAUCUAAAUUAAAAGAUCAUUCUUACCAUGUCUCAUUACUAACAAAAGAUUAAAUUGA